UCACCCCCGCGGGAGAGCCGCCUGGAGUCAGCAGGGGCCGGCCGGGCCCACGGGGAGGCCGGCCCGCGCCCCCUGAGCUACGGACACCAGGGCGCUCACCAUGGCCCCGCCGCUCCUGCUGCUGCUGCUGGCCAGUGGAGCGGCCGCCUGCCCACUGCCCUGCGUCUGCCAGAACCUGUCCGAGUCGCUCAGCACCCUCUGUGCCCACCGAGGCCUGCUGUUCGUGCCGCCCAACGUGGACCGGCGCACAGUGGAGCUGCGGCUGGCUGACAACUUCAUCCAGGCCGUAGGGCCGCCAGACUUCCGCAACAUGACGGGGCUGGUGGACCUGACGCUGUCCCGCAACGCCAUCACCCGCAUCGGGGCCCGCGCCUUCGGGGACCUGGAGAGCCUGCGCUCCCUGCACUUGGAUGGCAACAGGCUGGUGGAGCUGGGCACCGGCAGCCUGCGGGGCCCCGUCAACCUGCAGCACCUCAUCCUCAGCGGCAACCAGCUGGGCCGCAUCGCGCCGGGGGCCUUCGACGACUUCCUGGACAGCCUGGAGGACCUGGACCUGUCCUACAACAACCUGCGGCAGGCGCCCUGGGCCGGCAUCGGCGCCAUGCCUGCCCUGCACACCCUCAACCUGGACCACAACCUCAUCGACGCAGUGCCCCCGGGCGCCUUUGCGCAACUCGGCCAGCUCUCCCGCCUUGACCUCACCUCCAACCGCCUGGCCACGCUGGCGCCCGACCCGCUCUUCUCCCGGGGGCGCAACGCCGAGGCCUCGCCUGCCCCGCUGGUGCUGAGCUUCAGUGGGAACCCCCUGCACUGCAACUGCGAACUGCUGUGGCUGCGGCGGCUCGCCCGGCCCGACGACCUGGAGACGUGCGCCUCCCCGCCUGGCCUGGCCGGCCGCUACUUCUGGGCGGUGCCCGAGGGCGAGUUCUCCUGUGAGCCGCCCCUCAUUGCCCGCCACACGCAGCGCCUCUGGGUGCUGGAGGGCCAGCGGGCCACACUGCGGUGCCGGGCCCUCGGCGACCCUGCGCCCACCAUGCACUGGGUCGGCCCUGACGACCGGCUGGUCGGCAACUCCUCCCGAGCCCGGGCUUUUCCCAACGGGACCCUGGAGAUUGGGGUGACGGGUUCCGCGGACGCGGGGGGCUACACCUGCAUUGCCACCAACCCUGCUGGCGAGGCCACAGCCCAGGUAGAACUACGGGUGCUGGCCUUACCCCACGGAGGGAACGGCAGUACCGAGGGGGCCCGCCCGGGGCCCUCGGACAUCGCCGCCUCAGCCCGCACUGCUGCCGAGGGCGAGGGGACGCUGGAGUCUGAGCCAGCCGUGCAGGUGACGGAGGUGACCGCCACCUCGGGGCUAGUGAGCUGGGGGCCAGGGCGGCCGGCGGACCCUGUGUGGAUGUUCCAAAUCCAGUACAACAGCAGCGAGGACGAGACCCUCAUGUACCGGAUCGUCCCAGCCUCCAGCCACCACUUCCUGCUGAAACACCUGGUCCCGGGUGCCGACUAUGACCUCUGUCUGCUGGCCCUGUCACCUGCCACUGGGCCUUCCGACCUCACAGCCACUAGGCUGCUGGGCUGUGCCCACUUUUCCACGCUGCCAGCCACGCCCCUGUGCCACGCCCUGCAGGCCCACGUGCUGGGCGGGACCCUGACCGUGGCUGUCGGGGGGGUGCUGGUGGCUGCCUUACUGGUCUUCACUGUGGCCUUGCUGGUUCGGGGCCGGGGGGCCGGGAAUGGCCGCCUCCCCCUCAAGCUCAGCCAUGUCCAAUCCCAGACCAACGGGGGCCCCAGCCCCACACCCAAGACGCACCCACCGCGGAGCCCCCCGCCUCGCCCCCAGCGCAGCUGCUCCUUGGACCUGGGAGACACGGGCGGGUGCUACGGGUACGCCAGGCGCCUCGGAGGGGCCUGGGCCCGACGGAGCCACUCUGUGCACGGGGGGCUGCUCGGGGCCGGGUGCCGGGGCAUGGGGGGCAGUGCCGAGCGGCUGGAAGAGAGUGUGGUGUGAUGGCAAGGGAGCCAG